AUGCCCAAUCGAUCUGGGACCAGUACGUCGGCAAACACGACGAAAGACAUCAGCACCAGGACGGUCCACUACCCACUACCCAUUCAGGCGAGUACGCCCGUGCAUUCAUGCGACCCGCUCGCGAGACACGAUGCCCGAGACGUGGCUCAGCCGAGCUUGCGCAAGGCUGUCAAGGUCGUCCCCCAGGAUAGUGUCGUUUUCAGCGCGAGCAUCGCCUACAACGUCAGUUAUAGCAAGCCCGGUGCGGUCACGAAGGCCGCACGUAUGCCCGAGCGGAUCACGAGCUUCCUAGACGGUUACAGCAGGAUGGGCGAGCGUGGCGUGGGGCUGAGCGGGAGAGAGGCAGCAUGUGGCGAUCGCCGGGACGCUCCUUCCGUCCCCCGGCUGCUUGACGAACCUACUAGUGCGCUGGAAGCCGCGACGGAGAAGGACAUCUAG